GAACAGCGGCGACCGUGCUGGGGGGAAUGGUGUUGUUGUUAAGAUGGCGGCGCUGCAGGAGGAGCGGAGCUACGGGCUGUCCUGCGGGAGGGUCGGCGGUCGGGUUUCUGUCUUUCACGUCAAACUCACUGACAGCGCCUUGCGGGCUUUUGAGAGCUAUCAGAGCAGUCAGGCCUCCAUAAGUCUAAAGCCAGCUAUCCGAUUCCAAGGAAGCCAGGGGCAAAUCACGAUUCCCCGGCCAGACAGCACGACAGAAGUACGAACAUUCACGUUCUAUCUGUCAAAUGUUGGCAGGGAUAGUCCCCAGGGGAGUUUUGACUGCAUCCAGCAGUACAUUCAGAGGUAAAAAGGUUCAAAUCCGUAAGCCAGCUCCUGGAGUCCCUGAUGCAGUUCCAUCCCGGAAAAGGCCAACGCCAGUAAACCUUGCCAACGCCAUCAAGAAAAGUAAUACGGGCCUUUCUCAACGACCCUUCAAAGAUAGGGUAGUGCACUUACUGGCCCUAAAGUCCUACAAGAAGCCUGAGCUCAUCCUACGGCUGCAGAAGGAUGGCUUGUCCAUUCAGGACAAGGAUUCACUAGAUGGCCUCCUGCAACAGGUGGCAAAUCUGAGUGCCAAAGAAAGCACAUACACUUUAAAAGACUGUAUGUACAAGGAGGUGCAGAAGGACUGGCCUGGCUACUCUGAAGGAGACCAGCAGCUGCUAAAAAAGCUACUUGUCCGGAAGCUGAGUCUCUCACAGAAUCCAGGAGUUGCUUCUGGAGAUGUUGCUCCUCUGAGCCCCUCCAAAGACAAUGUGAAUUCCUCUUCCCCUUUCCCUCAGAAACGACCUCCUCAUAAUCCAGAGUUUAUUGACCCUUUAGCCAACAAGAAGCCUCGAAUCUCCCACUUCACACACCGGUCCCAACCAGCUUUGAAUGGGAAGCUGAGCUCCAAUGGGAAGGAUUCCCUUGCCGCUGCCUCUCAGAUACCAUCCUUGGACAAUGUCAGUUCCAGCUCCCAUCUACCAGCAGCACAUGAACCCCUCUCAGACUCUGUUCCUGACAUCCAGCAAAGAGACUGUGUGAACCAAGAGGCCUCUGAGAGGCUUUCCCACCCUCCUCAGACACAAUGUCCUACAGAGGCCAAAAAGAACUGUAAUAACCUGCAUGGAAAACCCAAAAAGAAAUCCAAAAAGCACAAAGAGCGAGAGAAAACAAAGGAGAAGAUGGGGGAGGAAAAGAAAAUCUGCAGCUUAAUCAAGAACUCAGACUUAAUUGGCAGCACUCCUCAAGAUACUAUAGAUUUAAAUGGAACGUGCAGUAACUCCAGCAUUCCUACGUCUACAUCAGAAAUGCCAGAUUAUUUACUGAAAUACACAGCAAUCUCCUCUCAAGAGCAGCGUCAGACUUAUAAGAAUGACUUUAACUCAGAGUACAAUGAGUACAGAGAUCUACAUGCAAGGAUAGAGAGAAUAACACGAAGAUUUACACAACUGGACUCUCAGCUCAAACAGCUUUGCCAGGGUACAGAAGAUUACAAGACCAUUCAUGAUCAGAUCUUACAGGAAUAUCGCAAAAUAAAAAAAUCAAAUCCAAACUACAGUGAAGAAAAAAACCGCUGUGAAUAUCUCCACAACAAACUGGCUCACAUAAAAAAACUUAUUGCACAAUAUGACCAACAGCAAUUUCAGUCCUGGCAUUAAUGUGCUCCACUAGUUGACUUGUUAAACAUGUCUGCAACUCAUUUUUCUGCAUCUACUUGUGGAAAUAUGUUUGUUUUUUUGUUCUCAAAAUGCAAACACCAAAUACUGUACAAAUCCAAGACAACCUAUCCAGUUGGAAAGUUACUCUAUCAAACAUCUCCUUACUGUUCAUCAACCAGGUUGUGGAAUCUGUGAUUCGUCUGGGUUUUUAUUUUAUUUUUUGCUCACACAGAGCACUCUCCAGUCAUAUUUUUUAUUUUAAAAUUUUUCCCCCUACUUUUAAUGUUGACUGGAAUGUUAAUAAAAAGUCCAACUGAACUUUCAAAGCAAAAAAUAACGCCAAAAGUUAAUUUUGUUUUUAUGGAUUUAGCUGGAAACUAAUAAUAAAAUUAUUGCAUUUAGAGAGUUGAUGGAAAUCCUAUGUCCAAAAAUGUUAUGGGUUUCUAACCUAUAUGGUAAGAAUAGAUAAUGUACCAGUAUUAUCAA